UACAGCUACUACAGCUACUACAGAUAUUACAGAUACUACAGCUACUACACAUACCACAGAUACUACAGCUACUACAGCUACUACAGAUACAACAGCUACUACAGCUACUACAGAUAUUACAGAUACUACAGUUACUACAGGUACUACAGAUACUACAGCUACUACAGUUACUACAGAUAUUACAGAUACUACACAUACUACAGCUACUACAGUUACUACAGAUACAACAGAUACUACAGCUACUAUAGAUACUACAGAUACUACAGUUACUACAGCUACUACAGAUACAACAGAUACUACAGCUACUACAGCUACUACAGAUACAACAGAUACUACAGUUACUACAGCUACUACGGCUAUUACACAUACUACAGCUACUACAGAUACUACAGCUACUACAGUUACUACACAUACUACAGCUACUACACAUACUACAGCUACUACACAUACCACAGCUACGACAGUUACUACAGCUACUACGGCUAUUACAGAUACUACAGCUACUACAGAUACGACAGCUGCUACAGCUACUAUAGCUACUAUACAAGUGCUAUCUCGGGACAUAAUAGUGAGGUCUUACACUAUUAG